UGAGCAGGGUGACUCUGUAUGCAUGGAUAUCAUACGGUGAGUGCAAAUUGCUAUACGGAAAGUCGAAAACUAUCAUCUCCCCAUUUUUUUUAUUUUUUAACUAGUUUUCUCGAUUCUUAUAGUUAUCAGCCGAAAGAGAAUUUAACCAGUGAUCUCUCGAGCUCGGCUAUGGAACGAGCAGAAGAGGUUCAAAGAAAUCUCCCAAAAAAAUUCCCGAGUUUUGUGAAGCUUAUGUUAAGAUCACAUGUAACUCAAGGAUUUUGGUUGGGUCUUCCAAAUAAAUUUUGUCGUGAUUAUCUACCAAAGAACGAUGAGAAAAUAGUUUUGGUGGAUGCAAACGAGAAAGGAUACGAUACAAAAUACUUGGCGGGUAGAACGGGGCUAAGUGGUGGAUGGAGAGCUUUCUCCAUUGAACACAACUUGCUCGAGGGGGAUGUCGUCGUUUUUCAUCUGAUUGAGCCGUGCAAGUUUAAGCUAUACAUUGUGAGAGCUAGAAGAUUAACAGAAGUCGAUGGCGCUAUGAGCCUCGUAAAUCUAGACUCUCAUCCCGAGCCAAUCAAAGCAUUGAAAAUGGAAGAGCCAGAAGAAAAUGCAAAUAUUAUAGAGACGAAAACGAGAAAUAAAUAUCCGAACCCCCUCGUGCAAGAUAAUAAUAAUAAUCAGAAGAAGAAGAAAAAGACGAAAAAAAAUAUUCCUACUACUAGUGAUGAUGCAGAAAUAGCCGAUGGAAUCAAAUUCUCAGAAUCACGUCUCGAUUUUAAAUACGUGAAUUGCUUUCAAGAUUUCAGCAUUCAUUUGGAUGGCGGCCUAGUCAUCGAUUCUGAAGUUCCGAGGCAUCAGAAGAAAAAAUACUACGAUCUCUGCAGAAGUCAAAACACGUUUCUUCACGAAAACCUCGUGCGUGGCCUCAACACCAAGCUAGCGGCCGGGAUUAUUUCCGAGACGGUCAACAUAGCGGAUGCUAUAAGAGCUAGCACAACGCCACACGAGCAUUUGGAGAGUUGGGACAAGACGCUCAAAGCUUUCGAGGAUUUGGGUAUGUCGGUGGGCCCACUGCGCGCUAGGAUACGCGAGAUGAUGAGUCUUUAUCGCGAUUCUCGAGCCAGGAUCGAGUUGAUGAGGAAGGAGAGAGCUGAAGCUGAAGGAGUGAUGAAGGAACUCAGUCAGCGGCUUUCGAAUGUCAAGACUUGUGUUGACAAGUAUGAUGCUAUUAUUGAUGAUCUUAUUAAUGCGAGAAACGAGGGGCUCGGUUCUAAGUUUGAGGAAAUCGCUUGUGCUCCGUGGUGAAAAAAAUAUCACUCUUUGUGAUAGUUGUGAAACACUAAUUUCAGUUUUGUUACAUAAAUUGGAAUAUAAUGAAAAAACAUUGUGCCAAAAUCAAAAGCUGUCAGAUCGGAAUCAACGGAAUUUAGAUGAUUCCAAUUUUUUAGUCGCCUUAAACAUAAAACUUUUUAAUUUGAAAUUACUUGUGGCUGUAUCUCGGGGACAAUUGGCUUAUAACUCUUAGCACUUAUGUGGGCUGGCCAAUAAUGUCUUACGGAAAAGAAUAAAAAUAUAAUUCGUAACCCGACUUACACAAAUUUUGUCCAAAUUUCUGUCAAACUCUCAUUUCGAAAUAUACCUACCAAAUUAACAUAAAUGGAUAUUAUAAAAUCGACAGGCGAUCAAUAUAUUUGAACUUAUGUCGAGCGUAAAAUUUUAAGUAGGAUCGUCUUCAUCUAAUGAAAUGUUUAAUUAUGUUGUAUAAGUAUGAAUUAGUAAAGAAUUUUCUUUUUGUUUUUUUUUUUUUUUU